UCCCACACCAGUUGGACCUCGACCUUGGACCUAUCCUCAGAUGAUUUUUCGAAGCCAGAUGUUGGUAACACUUCUUGGGCAUCCCGAUGCCGUGCGCUGUUCGAAAGCAGCAGUGCUGGGCGUGGGUGUGAGAUGACGAAGAGGCGGCCGUCGAAGAUGAAUGGACGCCGAGCAUUCAAAUAGAGCAACGAAGAGGGAGGGGGGAUGGGAGCUUUGCCUCGUCGUUAGUCGUAGUCCGUAGCCCUCGUCGCAGUCGCCACCAUGAUCAGCAGGAUCCUCGUAGCCCUCGUCCUCGCACUCGCCUACACCUCCGUCGCGCUGGCCGCGACUGGACAACUCACCGCGGGCACGACCUCGGCCAAUCAGAAGUGUCUCGAAGUCGUUGGCACCGCGCCUGGCAAUGGUGCCCAAGUGCAGCUCAACACCUGCUCAGCAACCUCCUCUGCCUCGCAGACAUGGCAAUUCAUCUCGGGAACGGUGGCGGGUAAGACGCUCCUGCGCACCACCAACAAUCUCUGCCUUGACGUGCCUGAUGGUGUAGCGGCCAAUAACAAGGACGUCCAAGUCUGGACGUGCUCCAAGGGCAGCACCAACCAAUUCUUCGCAAGGGACGGUAAUGUGAUCCGCUGGAACGGGUCCGACUAUUGCCUCAACAUGCCCAAGGGUGUCAGCUCCGGCUUUGCCUCGGGCCUCAAGAUUCAACUCUACACCUGCAACACGGCGAGCAACAAUCAACGCAUCCUAGGGCCAGGGUCCGCUACCGUGGUCACCUCCACGACGAGCGCGGCCAAGACGACAUCGUCCUCCAAGGCUUCGAUGUGCACCAGAAAGUCGACCACGACGAGCUCUCAGCCAACGUCGAUGUCCAAGACGUCAAGCAAGAUGACCGCAUCAAGCACGUCGACCAAGAAGACGGCGUCGAGCACGUCGACCAAGACGACAGCGUCGAGCACGUCAACGAAGAGCACUUCGACCUCGACCUCGACUCGCUCUUCGUCAACCUCUACGCGCUCGUCGUCUACCUCGACGCGCUCGACCACCUCCGCGACUUCCACUCGCUCGAGCACGACAACAAGCCGAUCUACCACCUCGUCCGCUUCGGCCGCUCCCACCUCUUCAACAUCAACGCGCACGAUCUCUACCUCCACCACCUCCACCACCUCAACCUUUGUCCCACAAACCACCAAAGCAACGACCGCAUUGACCGACAUCUUCAACCCAGCCGCAAAGCGCAUGCUCGCCUGGGGAUUCGACGACCGCUAUGCCUCAGGAAUCGGCUCGGGCGCCAAGAUCUCCUCGUACCACCACUGGGAGCUCGGUGUUGUCACUCAAAUGCCAGCAAAGAAUGCCUACAUUCCCACCUACUGGGGCAGCACGAAGAGCGACUACUGGCAGAGCGUCACGGCACAGUUUGGCAACUCGAUCCCGGCGGCCAUUGCAGGCUUCAACGAGCCCGAUGUGACCUCUCAAGCGAACAUGUCACCCGCAGCCGCCGCCCAAUUGUACUACGACGCCAUCUACGUUCCGUACGGCUCAAAGGGCGCAAAUAUGAUCUCACCGGCCGUGGCAUGGGAUGUGUACACAUGGCUGCCGGCCUUCAUGUCCGCCUACCAGGGUCUGGGUGGCCGCAUUGAUGCAAUGGGUUACCACAUCUACCUGGGACUCAACAACAAUACGGACGCUGCAGUUGCCGAGGUCAAGAAGAGGGUCAACUACCUCUACAAGCUCUAUGGCAAGAAGAUCGUCCUCUCCGAGAUUGGUCUUACCAGCGCUGGGGGAGGCACGGACGAGCAGAUUGCCGACUUUGUUCAGAAGGUGGGCAAUUUCCUCGACAACAGCGACGCUAUCCUGGCAUGGGCUCUGAGCGCCGUGUUUGCAAGGGGAAGCGGGUGGGAUGGAUACCUGAAUGGGAACAUGAGCUUCUACUGGCAGAACAAGACGCUGACGCCCCUGGCUAAUCAGUACAUGACGGCGGUGUUCUGAGAGGUGUAUAGCUGUCCAGGCGGGACUAUCCUUAGAUCGUGUUGUAUUUGUUUUGUCAGUCGUGGAAUACCAUCCUUGUUGUUCGC